AUGGCGCAAAGUCGCUCCAUGGAGUCGCGCGUCGGAAGAAACAAGCAGCGCUACAGCGACAAUGGCGAGCGCCUCGUCGCUGGCAUCGUGCCCACGAACAAAGAGAAGACCUUCAUCCUGCUGAUCCAGUCGACGCGGCGGGCCGAGUGGGUGCUCCCCAAAGGCGGCUGGGAGACGGACGAGGAGUGCAUCGAGGCGGCGGAGCGCGAGGCAUGGGAGGAGGCCGGCAUAGUGUGCAAGGUGGACUACGACCUGGGCAAGAUCACCGAGACCCGCACGGCUAAGCAGAUCUCAAAGAACGCGCCCAAGGCCCUAUACCAGUUCUACGAAGCCACCGUUACCGAGGAGAAGAGCGUCUGGCCAGAGAGCCAUAAGCGCAGUCGCAAGUGGUUCAGCUACCCCGACGCCCUCGAAGCCCUCAAGCCUCGCCCGGAGCUCGUCGAAGCCAUCAAGCGCUCCACCGUCAAGCGGUAG